GCUCCAACAGCAUCAUGGAUCCACAUCACCUCAUCAGAACGUUUAUUUUAUUCGCUCUGUGCUGCACAUUCACCUUAGCCGAUGAUUCGCAAGAUCAAGCCCUAAUGGCUCUUGCUGGCCUUACAGCCGCUGGGAAUCGUCGCAGUUAUGGUGGUGGCAAUGCAUACGGGGAACAAUAUCAACCAAUUCCAAUUCAACCUUACGGCUUCCAGCAACCGCAAGUGAUUAUCCCUCAAAAAGGAACGAAAGCCAAAGGCUGGACGAAGAAUAUUUUCAAAUCAUCAAACAAAGCAGCCAGUUCGUCCUACCCGUCUUAUGUCAUUGGACCAUACGGUGGUCCAUCAAACAUAGGAGGAGCAGCGUACGCAUCGCGAUACGGCGACUACCCCAACGGCUAUAAUAAUGGUUAUUCCGGAUCUUACGGAUCGUCUUACGCUCCAGCUUAUGUCCCACCUUACAAAAAUGUCCCCUAUGUCCCUCCGUAUCAACCUCCAUUUGCCAGCGGAGUAGGAGGAUUCGAUUUCUAUCCAGUACAACCUCCUCUAGUCGGCUCCUCUCUAUACGGAUCACCGGCUUACGGUUCGUUUUACGGUCUUAAUUACAACGGCAAUUUCGGAGGGAAUUAUGGCGCAGUUGGGUUUGGUGCUGGAUACCAAUCCUACACUCCGACGUUAGUUGGAGCGUUUGACAAUUAUCGAGGACCGAUCUAUUACGGAGGAUUCCGGCCAACAUUGGGGCCUUAUGGUGGCAAGCCGUUUAGCGAUCUGUUGUCCGUAACGGAUUCGUAUGGUCGGCCACUCUUUCCUUACCCUUCGAACGCAGACCUUUUCGCAAAGAAGUCCGAUUCCUAAUUCAUUUCUUGUUUCGCUCCUCAGUGUUCGAUGAAAUGUAUCCCAAGAGUUUCGAUCAUACGUCAAUCAUUCGUUUUAUCUAUUAAGAGAUAUGUAACUAUCAUAGAGCAACCUUAAUUAAACAUGGAUUAUUUUCGAGUUUGUUUAAAAAAUUUAAAAAUAAAUGUCUCCUUAUUAUUUUUGUGAUGUCAUUGUGCAAGGACAGUUUGAUGAGCCAAAUACAUCCAUAAACAUGUCGGCUGUUCUCGCA